UCUUCGUGCAAUAUAUUUUAAAAUGGCCGUCCGACAUGGUCACGACGGAUAGCGAGCGAUAGUGUGUUGUGCGGAGUGUAUUCGUGAAAAAAGUGUAUCCGGAUGGCGUCUGUAGUGCAGUCUGCGUUCGUGACGUGCUAGUGGUGCUCGGAGUGACGAAGAACGGUGCCGAACCGCGACGGAAGCGGCCCAAAUCCGGCCGACGGUAUCCGCCGGAAGAUUCAGCAGCAACAUCAACAACAGCAGCAUCAACACAGCUUCAGCAACAGCAUAACUAGCAGGAAUCAAUAAUUUCCUUGAAUUAAUAAAAGAAGAUAAGAGGAAAAGCCAGAAGCAGUCAACGCGAAGAAAACGAAGAAGUCAAAGUGCAAUAAUAUAAUUUUCCUCGUGCGGAAUCAGAACGAGUGCUGCUGCUGAUGGCCAUCAAUGAAGAAGAAACAGACAACCUUCGGUUUGUGCGGCAGUUGUAAGAAAACUGUGUGUGAGCAAAUUUUUUGACAGCAAACAAGAAAAGAAGCACCUUUCCUGAGGUUUGGUGGGUCUUUCUGUAUUUGUGCUGCGUGUAAGUGUGCGACGGGAGGUUUUUUUGGGAUGAAAAUACACAAGAAGCAAAGAAGCAGCGAAGAGCAGUUAGUUAAGCCAAAACGUGAUCGUAGAGGGAAAGAAGAAAACGAAAACGAGAUCAUUGUGUGUUGUUUCCAGCUUGUUUUUCCCUCUACCUAGUUUUGAGUCAGUGAGUGAAUUUGUGGUGUUGUUUUUUUAUUAUUAUUUUCGGGCCUGUACAGUUAAUUAGUGUAUUAAGAUGAACCGGAAUUUGGUGAGACUGGAGUGUUCCACCACAACCUCAACCAACGAUCGCUACUGUUACCGGUACUGCUCAAGCCGUGUUCAUUGUGGUUCGUCCGCGUCAGCUCGUCGUCUCCUCGAAAGCCGUCAUCCUCGCCAUCAUCAUCAUCCCGGAGGAGUCGCCUAGUCGUAGAUACGAACCACCCUCCUUCACCACCCACAAUCCCACGCGUCAGGCAAGCGAAAAACACGCGCGCGAACCCACGUUUUCGAGGGUCGUCGGCAUACGCAAUACGUACGUACGUACACGCGUAGCAGGAAAAAUUCCCCCCCAAAAAAUAAAGAAAAGACCAGAUAGAGCGAAAGAGACUCUGUAACUGUACCACUAAUAAUAAAGAGGGAAUAAGCAGAAGAGAAGGAAAAAGAAAGAGGCGUAGGGAAAGCUUGGAAGACACCGCGAAGCGAAACGUGUGUCGUCGUCGUCGGCGGCUUGUUGUCCAACCGACCGACCCGCCACCACCCACCUCCCGCUACCAAUCCCCGAAAAAAGGGGAGAGAGAGAGAGAUUUCGCCUCAGCGUUUUCCCGUUUAGAAUAUGAUAGGUUUAAGUCGUCGUGGAGUGAAUGCUGGACCGCCCUUGAGCUUGCCAUCUACACUGGAGGACACUACGAAUAACUGGAAAGGAACACCUUCGGGCCCCGCCGAUCCAUCGCAGCAGCCCGGUGGACCCGGAGGACCUGUGGGCCCUGGUGGCCCCGGCGGCGGUGGACCCGGAGGUGGUGGAGGCCCCGGUCAGGGCGGCGGAGUUAACAACUUUGGCGGCCCGGGCGGUGGCAACAACUUCGGUGGACCGGUGUUUCCUCCCGCUGGGCAGGGUUCGCCUGCGGGCGGAUCCGGCGCCAACAACUACCAGAAUGUCCCGCCCGGUACCGGUUCCAACACCCCGCAGUAUACGGCCUCGCCGGCGCCGUCCGGAUCGAGUACGCCGGGACCGGGACCACCACAGAACGUAGGUUCGGGCUUUCCUCCGCCGAACGCAGGUGCUGGCCCUGGGGGACCGUACAACGGGCCCGGCGGGGGAGGUCCUGUCGCUGGUGGUCCGUUUGGUUCCCCGUCCGCGAAUGGUCCGCAGUUUGGUCGGCCGGGUAGUUCCGGGUCGGCGUUUGGCAGUGGGCCCCACUUUACGUCCCCCGGAGGUCCGGGAAGUUUCGGUGGGCCCCAGUUUGGGAUGCCACCGGGAUCGCCGUUCGGACACGGGCCCAAUGGACCCAACAUGGGCGGACCGAUGAAUCAAGGACACAUGAUGAGCGGUCCGCAGCCGGUCGAUCGGAUGGAUCAGAGUCAAUUGAACGUUCCCAGAAGGCAUGCGUACUUCGGACAACCUGACUAUAGAAUAUAUGAAUUAAAUAAGCGAUUACAGCAAAGAACUGAAGAAAGUGAUAACUGUUGGUGGGAUUCGUUCGCGAAUGAGUUCUUCGAAGAUGAUGCAACGCUAACACUAACAUUUUGUUUGGAAGAUGGACCAAAAAGAUAUACUAUAGGACGCACACUAAUUCCUCGGUACUUUCGGAGUAUUUUUGAAGGCGGCGUAACGGAGCUGUACUUCAACCUGAGACACUCGAAGGAGUCGUUUCACAAUACAUCCAUUACGCUAGACUGUGACCAGUGCACGAUGGAGACGUUGCACGGGAAGCCCAUGUACACAAAGGUGAUCACCGAGGGCCGCCUCAUCCUGGAGUUUACGUUCGACGACCUGAUGCGGAUAAAGUCGUGGCACUUUGCGGUGCGGGCGCACCGGGAGCUGAUACCGCGCUCGGUGGUCGCGAUGCACACCCAACAACCGGAUCCAUCCAUGCUGGAGCAGCUGACGAAGAAUAUCACCAGACAGGGAAUCACAAACUCGACACUAAACUAUCUGCGCCUAUGUGUGAUAUUAGAACCGAUGCAAGAGUUGAUGUCCAGACAUAAAGCGUACGCCCUGAGUCCGCGGGACUGCCUCAAGACGACACUGUUCCAAAAGUGGCAACGGAUGGUGGCACCACCUGAUGCGCAACGGCCCGCCAACAAGCGGAGGAAACGCAAGGGUUCGAGUUCGGGGGCGGGAGCGGGCAAUGCCGGUCCGCCAGUGCCGAGCAAGAAGCGAUCGCCCGGACCCAACUUCUCGCUGGCGUCUCAGGUAGACGUGAUGGUGGUGGGUGAACCGUCCCUGAUGGGUGGCGAAUUUGGCGACGAGGACGAACGGUUGAUCACGCGGCUGGAGAACACCCAGUACGAUGCGGCCAACUCCCUCGAUCACGACGGCGUGGGCGGCCACAACGCGUUCGGUGGCCACAACGAUUCGGGCCCGAUGACGGGCGGCCCGGGAGGUCCGGGUGGUCCCGGUGGUCCCGGUGGGCCCAACUCAUGGCAGGUGGACCGGGGCGGCGGCGGAGGACCGGGAGGGCCCAACAACAGCGGACCGGCCAGCCAGGACUCGGACAAGAAGAGCCCGUCGGUGUCCCAGUGACAGUUGUAAUAUUAUAGGGUGAAGGAGGAGAACCAGUAGAUGGCCAUGAUGGAUGCGCCUGCUGGAGCAAAUUCGUCCCUCGGAAUCACCCUAACAGAAGCGGAAGCAGAGAAGCGAAAGCAACCAAGACACAUACCAAGAAUUAGACGCAAACCAGGAGCCGUCGGAUGAUGGGGAGGGAGAACAGGGGAGAGGAGGCCAAUUCCGGACGCGGGGUCCGGCAUCCGGAUUCAUCGACGUCGCCUGUGGUUGGCUUGUGAUCUUCACCCCCGAAUCCCCCGAGUCGUCUGCGGCGCGGACAAGAUUUCCUAGUGUUUAAAUGUGGAUCGGGCGGAUAUUAAAAAUAUUUGGAGUCUAGAAUUUGGCACUAAACAUUUGGACACUUUGAAAAGAACAAACAAACCAACAUGAAACUGACAAUGAUCACUGAAAGAGAAACGGAAUUAACUCGGAAACAGAAGCACAGCUGAAUAGAAAAAUGGUAGGACCCGUUUUUCGAGCGAAAAUUUUGCAAUAUAGAUAUCGUGUUUUUCCAAGAAUGAAAAAGCAAAAAACGGAAAUGUUCUUAUAAAAAAAGAAAAGAAAAGCGAAUGAAGCAAACACAGAAAUAAUUAAAAAACAAUUGAGAGAAAAGGGUAGUUUUUAAGAGCAUUGUGUGAUUGUGGAGAACGUGAGAGAGCGAGAGAGUUUGAUGAUAAACCAUUCGUUAAGGCACAUGUAGAUGUAAAUUGAGAUAGUCUCUCGUCUCGGGCGGUGUAAAUGUGGGAUAAAUACUAAACUAUACGUUUUUUAGUUUCCUUCCUUCUCGUGGAACAUGAAUGUCGAGUGAGAGUUUAAAGUGGGGUAGAGUUUUCCUUAAAAACGAAAAAGAAAAAUAUUUUAGUUUUUAUUUUCGAUUAUUUAUUAAAUUGGUACAUGCUAAAAAAAAAAAAUACUUGGAGCUGGCGGUUCCCCGAGGAAAGUUGAGAAAUGUUCAAGGUUGAUAAUUUUAUCCGGAAACGAGUUUAAUCUUAGCGAUUACCAAAAUAUUAUCGUCAUUUUCGUCAAGAAACAUGUGCAACAAUAUAUCUCAUACUCAAUUGAUUGUAUUUUUUUGGCCACGAAUUAUCUUCAAAUUUUAUACAGAGAAUAUGGGUGGUUCACUCGUAGAUGUUGCAUGCAAUUUGUGAUUAAAUGCAGCAGCGACGAACCGCUCUAACUCCCCAUAAAAAAUGUAGAAAAAACAUCGAAAUAUAAUUGUUCAUUCGUAAUUUUAUAAGUUUGAAAAAUUCGACCAUUUGGAAUUUUUUAUAGAUUUUUUUCCAAGUGAGAUCAUAUUUUUAUAAAUAAAACCAAAGAUUUUGUCACCCAUCUUUCGAGUUGUCAACUAUAAAUGCUUUAAUUUCUUGGAAUUUAAGCAAAAUUUGGUUUCUAUUAACACCCAAACUAAAAAAAAGCAUGAAAAUUUGAGUAUUUAAAUUGUAAUUAAUGCAUCAAGUUGUGAAAAGAGGAUUUUUUCAGCACGAGUUUACCGAGUUGGAUCAAUACAACGAGUGCUGCAAAAAUCAAGUUUUGCAAGUAACUAUGUAGUUGAAUACAGCUUGUUUGCAAUUCCGCUUGAAUGUCAUUUGCUGCAAACUCCUUAAAAGUAUCGUAAAGUUUUACUUUUGAUACAAGUGCUGAAGGUCGAACCUUUCGGCACCCAAAUGCUGAAAAAUGCUGUUCAGUACUAUUAUUGUUGGUGAUGAAAAGUAGGCUGUUUCGUCAUUCGAGAAUUACCGCAAAAGAAUGUUCUUUUCAAAAUUUGUUUUCGUUUGACGUGUGUUGCACUCUAGUGAUUUUGUUCAAAUCUCAGUAUAUUUUUUUAAACAGCUGUAAUAUGCUAAGAUUUAUACAUAAUUUACCAUCGAUAAACACUUGAAUCAUUUUAUUCUUAAAUUUGGGUCGUACAACCAACGUGAAAGUUAAAUUCUUCCAAAAUCUGCUUUGGUUUGACAUUUGAACUGUAAUUUUUAAAAAUUAUUAAAAUUGUUAGAAAUUAGAAAAAAGUUACUAUUAUUACUUUGAAAAAUUAAUUGUGUUUUAAAUUAGUGAAUUUUAGAAGCUUUUUUCCAUGAUUUGUACCGUCUAUGAAGGUGGCCGUAAUAUUUACGUUAUCGCUGCUAUAUCCUCUAUUGUUAUCGCCAGGCGAUGAAUAUAGCAACGAUAGUAUUAUCGAUUAACAACCUCGGAAACUGCAACCCCUCAAAUAGCUCAUUGUUUUAAUUGGAUUCAACCAAACUAAGACAUUUUCUCACUCAUGACGUGAGAUGACGAUUGUGAAUCAUCCACCUGCAGAAUUUAAAGAAAAGAAAGAAAAAAAACCAUUUGUAAUAAACACACCUACAACAACUCAUUGUACUGCUCUAAUCUAAUCAACACAGAAAACAAAUGAAGUAACACGUAAAAAUGCGAUAUGGAAUUCUGUAAAGUAAAUCACACACACAAAUCACGUAAAAAUCCAUAGCAAAAUUAUCCUCUCUCUGGAAUUACAAACAUACAACACAGGAAUAUCGGAAAGAAUGUGAAUAAUUCGCAGAAUAAAAGAAGUAAAAAAAAAAACACACACACAAGCUGAGUACACAAAACCGAAUGAAAGUACUAGUGUAUCUUAAAAAUCUAGUAUUUUAAUGUAUUAAAAAUAGGAAAAUUAAAAUAUUCUCUAAAGAAAGAAAGAAACAAAAAAAGGUAAAAGUAAAUAUAAAUAAUUACGUUUUUGAAAACAAAUGCAAACAAAAGGCAAAGGAAAAAGUAAAUUAUUUUAAUCAAGAAUCUCUUUUUAAAAAAGCCAGAAAAAAUCAAGACAAAAAAGAGGACAACACAUCCGCGGAAGAAUCAGAGAACACAAACAAAAAACCUAAUCUAAUAAAAAACCGUAUGUAUAUUGAAUAAAAACAAAAAGUGGAAAAACCAACCCUAUAAUAGAAGAGAAAAAAUGCAACAUCAAACCAGUAAAAUUUGAUAACCUAUCGGGAGAGCAAACAGAGAAAAGAAAACAUGUGCAAACACACAUUCAAAAAGUAGGUGGGAAUGACUAAGAUGAACAUAAAGUAAGGGGAAGGAUUCGGAACACAGAAACGUAAACAGAAACAAAACUUCAUUCAGCACCGAAAGAACACGCGGCACACAACAUCGGUAGAGAAAUCUUAGGAAUGAAACAGAAGCAGAAUAAAGAGAAAAAAGAGGAAAAAAAA